GCAGGACUUGUGUCCUGCUACCCUCAGCAGGACGAGUAUUGUGACGCGCGCGAUCGGUUUGAUCCUGCCGCGAUGUCGAUUUCGGUGAGGCUGAAGCAGGUUCAGAUCCCCAGGUCGAAGGGGGAGAAAUUUGCAAAAGUUGAGUUCAGAGGUGUUUCUCAUUCGACUAAAAUUCUGGAGGAUAACGGAACUGAACUCAAUGUGGUGGAUCAAAAAUUCGAUUGGCCAGUGGGAAGACCAGUAGAAGAAGACGAGCUUCUGCUUUUGGAACUAUUCUCACGCAGUCGCCUAUUUUCUGACAAGCUUAUUGGCUCUUAUCGUCUGGUGUUGCAGAAAGUGGUUCAGGAUGGCCAGCUAUCUAUCUCAGACAGUCUUCUAGAUGCCAAUAAUAUAGCGAUACCGGCAACCAUUGACUUCGAUGUGAGUUACACUCCUCCGGACGAGGCCAUGGCAGUCUACGACUUCCUUGAGGACGAUCAGCAGAUGCUCAUCGAUAUAGAGCAGAACAUCGCCAACAUUGAGCGCAAUUUGGCAACAGGGCAGGACAAGGAAGCAGCGGGUGCUGUCAAGAGGCUGGCCGUGGGAGCAGCAGAGAAGAGGAACGGCCAGGAGAGGAGGAAAACGACGAUGAGGACAGUGAGAAACUUGAUGAGGUAGGUCUAAAUUUAUUGAAAAAGCAUAGCGCAGACCCCAAUAAAUUUGAAAACAAGCCAUGGUUCGACCUAGAUUGCAAUUUUUCAAAGAGACACUGCACAAAUUGCCAGAAAGUCUGCAAAGUGAAUAAUUU